GAUGGGAUGGGGACGGGAUGGGGAUGGCAUGGGGACGGGCUGGUCCCAUCCCUCCCCCGGGAUGUGGCACCCGCGGGCGCCCGCCCUCACCCCAACCUGUCCCUGUCCUCCCCGGGCAGCAGCGGGGCCGAGGGGCCCCGGGGACCCCAGGAGGGGUCCUGGCCCCUGCAGCACCCCGAUGGGGGUCUCGGCGGAGCCGGGCGCGGGCCCCGGAGCCGCGCCGGAGUCUGUCAUCGACCCCGACAUGGAGGCCUUGUUCGAUGAGUUCCUGGGGAAAGAGCUCUCGCCGGAGCUGACGGGGCCCUCGGCGGCGCCGCCGCUGCCCCGGGGCCGGCCCCACCACUUCGUGCUGCGGGACACGGAGCAGCGCGGGCUCUGCCUGCGCGGGGGGCGCCUGGUGCCCACCCCCCUGCAGGGAGCCAGCGCCGACCAGGAAGAGAUCUUCAGUGCGGUGCCCAACCCGCACCUGGAGCGCCGGCGCUGCCCCCUCAUCGUGGGCAUCCGGGGGGGCAGCCAGGCCCUGUCCUGCACCCCCGGCCCCGAGCCCCGCCUGCAGCUCGUGGCUCAGCCCAAAGCCGCCGCACCCCUGACCCCCCCCCCCCCCCGCACGGUGCCCCCGGAGGAGCGGUCCCGGGGGGUCCCCGCGGCCGUGCCCCAGCGCUGCCCCCCCGCAGGACGCGGCGCUGCUGGAGCUGUUCUCGCUCCUGCACCUUCUACAAGAGCUUCUGGGGGCUCCACGCACAGCUUCGAGGCGGCCGCGUGCCCCGGGGCCUUCCUCAGCACCGCGGGGGGGCAGGAGCUGGGCCUGGCCCCCCCCCACGGCGCCACCGGCUUCUACCUGCACCGCAGGUGA